GGAGCAAGAACGCGAAAGCUAUGAAGAUUCAAAUUUCAUGAGCUUGCGUUACAAUUGCGGCGGUUACAAAGUGAAGUUGUGAGCUGCAAAUUGGUUGGGAACCACCAAGCUAGGUUGGCAAGGGUGGCCAACUUGGAUGGAUUGGUUGGGAAGGGACAAAUGUCAAAGAUGGGGUUCCUAUAGGGAGGGAAUCUUUGUGCUUAUGGGGUUUCCUUGGUUGGGGACUCUCUUGGGACCUUCCCUCUCAUCCCUCUCUUCUAUCCCAACCUUUCUCUUGCUCCUCUAAAUUCCUUCCCGCAUGGUACGGAUAUCGGCAGACUUGCAUCCGUCUCCGCGACCCACGCGACCGAUACACUCGCGUUACGAGACACCUCGGCAGCAGCGUCAGUUCUGCUUAGCGAGGCUGAAGGCUCGGCUGUCUAGAAACGGGACUGCGGCGUUGAUGUCGCUUCGAAAUGUCGUAUCCGAGUCAAGAUCAGAAUUAGGCGGCCAUCGAUGUUAAGUCUUUCGAACUUUCAAGGUCACUUUUAGGCACGGUGCCUCAGUAUUCGACGUGAUUCGUAGGCGACUCUUGCCCGAGUCAACUCAAUACUACCAGCCUCUCACACCCAUGGAUAGUUCCCUUCGCGAGAGGUCCCUUACGCCGCUUCAGUCGUACGGUGGGCGCUCGCCGCUGUAAUGCGCGGGUCUGAAAGGAUAUGGCAGAUCGCGACAGGCUGCGUUCACGUUUCCACGUCAGCAGUGUGGCAUUGGCUCGGAGUCGGAGAGAAUCACUCCCGUCUAUGUGGCCCGUGUGGCGGAAGCACCAGCAAGACGUUUCUGCGCGCCUAUAGGCUGCUCCGUUACAGCAGCUGUUCGAGAAGAGCACUUCCCGUUUCUGUAAGCCCCGUUAUUCCGUUCAAGUGGGAUCCAUGGUGGGGAGGGAGGCACUUAAGAGACGGAGGGGUGAUUUUCUCAGCCCCUGCAGCAGCAAUGGCAACUGCAGCAGGUGAUAGGAGAGCAUCACCGUCACCGUCACCAUCACCAUCACUCCGAGCAUCAGCAACUCAAGUCGGGGAUAUGACAAGGGGGGGCUUUUGGAGCGACAUGGGAGGGAGAGGCGCCAGCGUAACGCAAGCGUGCUUCCUGCUCGGAUUGGAUUCGAGGCUGUGGAGUCAGCCUGACUUGCCGUUGCCAGGGCUGAUUAGUAUGAAUUGCGGAUUGGGCAGAUUCAGGGGAAUGGGCCAUGUGGCGGGAAACCGGGGUUUCGUGGAGGGUACCGAGAAAAGGCGAGAUGCGGGGAAGAGGAGUGGGGCGCCGCAGCAAGCCGGUGGAGAGGGCGGUGGGAGGCAGGGGAGUAAGAGACGAGAAGUUGCGGAGAGGGAGGGCGGUGGAGGGACAGGGCCGAACAGCAGCAGGAGGAGGAAGGGGAGGAGAUGCGCAGUGAACCCUGAGAAUGGCACCGCCGCCCCGCCUGCCGUGCGUGGCAGUGUGGCAGAAAAGGGAGGUUUCGUGGAGAGGACUGAGAAGAAAGGAGGUGGGGGGAAGGAGCGUGCUGGUGGUGAGGGCGGUGGGCGGAAGGGGAAUGAGCGAGUAGGAAGCGCGGAGAGGGAGGGCGGUGGAGGGACAGGGGUGAAGAGCAGCAGCAGGAAGAGGAGGAAGGGGACGAGACGCGCAGUGAGCCAUGAGACAGGUACUGCCGCCCCGGCUGGCGUUCGCGGCAGUGUAGCGGAUGGGCGUUGUGAUGGCAGUGAUGGUGAUGGGCGAGGUGGUCGCAGUGAUGGUCAUGCUGGUCCGGGCAGUGGUGAAGAGGUGGAGGAGCAGGAGGAGCAGGAGGAGGAGGAUUUGAGCGAUGCUUCCGAGUCGACGGAGCUUCUCGAUGACGUCAGCAGUGAACGUUUUGACGAUGCUAGCGCGCCGGACACUUCCGGCUCCUCCAGCAACGCGACCCCCACCCCCAACCUCAGCGGCACCUCCUCCCCCUCGCUGCACCACCAGUUUCAGCAGCUCUACUCCUCCCACCUCGCGCCCAUCUCCCCUCCCUUCGCCAGCUAUCGAGCCACCAGGGAUAACGCCAUGGCCCUGCUCGCCCUCCACCCCUCCCCGGCAGCUCUCACUGCCAUCUUCAGAGCCUGCUCCUCGCUCUUCCUCGUGCCCCAGCCCCGCCGCAUCCGGGCAGCGCUAGAGAUUUUUUGGUCUCACGGGCUGCCCGAGCCCCUGUUUCUGCGUGUUAUUCAGCGGGUGCCGGAGCUGAUUCUGGAUGCCCGGCUGGACGAGGUCAGCAGCAAUGGCAGUAGUGAUAGAGGUGGUGACAGCAGCAGCAGUGACAGCAGCAGCAGCAGCAGCAGCAGCAGUGACAGCAGCGAGACAAGCAGCACUCUAGACCAACCUCUUUGCUCUCAUCAACCGCCCCUUGAUCCGAAGCACCAACCGCAACGACACUCACUUACACCUCUCUCUAACACCCAUAACCAUUCUCCCUGCUUCCCUCCCUCCCACUUCCCGCCCUCCCAUCUCCCUCACGUGCAGCAGGUCCUCCAUUUCCUCUUCCUCCACCUCCCCCCCCCCACCGUCACCACGCUCAUCCACUCAGCCUCAUGCCGUGUCUUCCGCACCCCCCUCCCCACCCUCCUCCUCCACCUCUGUGGAAUCUGCUCCCUUCUCUGCCCCCCUCACUCCCUCCUCUUCCGCUACCCUCUCGCCCUCCGCUUCUCCCCUGAAAUUCUGGCACAGAAACUCUCGCGGUUGGCUGAAAUUGUGCAGCUGACAGAAGGAGAGGAGGGGGGAGGAGGCGAAAGGGGAAUGGGAGGAGGAGAAGGAGAAGGGAAGAGAAAAGGGAGGGAAAAGCUAAGGGAGAUGAAAUGGAACUCUUCCCCUCUUCUUCCAAUCCCUCCUCUCUCUUCCCCACCCCCUCUGACAGCCAGCCCAGCUUUCCUCUCCCUGGUGCACAAGCAGCCACACAUACUCCAUGCCAAUCGGGUAACCAUGCAGGAGGUGGUAACCACACUGACCACUCUCUUUGGAAAGCCAGGCACCUCCUACGUGCUCUCUCGCCACCCAGCCCUGCUCACUGCGUCUCCUCGCACGGUAGAAGAGGCCAUGUUCGCUCUUAUCGACAUUUUUGGAGAGGAAGUCACUGUAGACAUGAUUCAGCGCGACCCUGGGAUUAUACAGGUACGGCAGGGUACAAUCCGAGCGAAGAUUGAUUUUAUCCUGGAGGAGAUGAAGAGAACUAAGGAGGAUAUUAGGGUUUGGCCGACGGUUUUGCUGCGAAGCCUGCCGCGAGUGCUCGUGCCGCGGUAUUUCUUGGUUACGAGAAAGGAUCCACACGCCGCUAAGGUGCUGUCUCUGCCUUGCCUCUUCAGCAGCUCUCCUGCUCGGUUUAAAAGGAGAUGGGAGGUCAGUGAAGAGGACUGGAAAAAGGCUCUGAUGGUGGGAGAGGUUUGGGAAGCUAGGAGGAAGGAAGAGAGCAAGGGGGCUAACGCAAGCCGGUGAUUCACCAAGGCUUCUAGAAAUCUAUCAUGGCAUGUAACACCUCCCUGUAGUGCAGACCUCGGAUGAAGGGAAUUAUGAAAGGUAGCGAAAGGUAUUAUGCUAUUAUAAUGGAAAUGGGAUGGUGUACCACAUCAACACAUAUUUCGGUAUCGAUUUUGUAAUACA